UAGGGAAGAUAGUCCUCCGUCUUGUCUGUCUACCGACGCUCAUUCUUGAGAUAUAUCAAGGAUAGUCUGGUCAUUUAAGGGAACAUAACUAGAUAAGGACGGUAACCCUCGAGAAAAUAGAAAGUAAAUAGAGAAAAGUAACCUAUUCAUUGUUCAUGCAGGAUAAGUGUCACAUAUACAGCUCCAAUUUCAAAAGACUUCAUGUUGUGCUCAGUCUUCUGUGACCUUCUCUAUAUGCAUUUUACACAUAUGUUCUAUUAAUAACUCUUUUUUCCUUAAAUGCAGGGUGAAAAACUUAUAUAAAGAAGAAAAAAAAAAAAUAGUAGCAUAGAAGAUUAGCUGCUUCUACAUUUGAAAGUGAAGAUGAGCAUGCGAGGGUCAUGGGAAUUGAGUGAAGAAGACAACUAUUGGAGAAGGCGUGGAAGAUCUUAGUGGGAUACUUUGCCUGCCUUAGGACAAGCAUUGUGGUGUCCCCUCCAACUUUCCAAAAUGGCAAGGAGCCAAGAAUUAAAGCGAUGAGACUUCAGCUUUUGAAUGUCAAACCAGAUUCAGGUGUUAAAUCUUUUGAUUUUUAAAAUGAAAAUAGUCUUGGAAAACUGUUUUCAUAUUUCUCUCAUUUCUCCUCCCUUAAUCCUUGGUCUCAAGAAAACCUUUUUUGGGUGGUGGAAUUACCUUAUGAUGAACCCCUGGAAAAAUCGCCAAAGUUGUUGAUCUGACCUUUGGUGGUCUUUCGUUUCUUAGUAAAUUAUUUCUUGUUUUUUGUUUGCUUUGAAUAGAAAAAAAAUGUGGUGGUGGAGAAAAGGUUUGAGAAUGUGGUGUCUUUUUUCAAGCAACCGACCAUAUAUCUCUUGGGAUUAGAGGACAAGUCUAUGGGCUAAUAUUGGAGGAAAGGGUGUGAAACCCUUGUCUACAACUAGGAGAUUCUCAUUCUUGUAUCUCUUGAGAGGAAGGAAAUUGCAAACUCUUCCUUGGAAAUUUUCCUACGUGAUAAAGUAGUUGGUGGCGGUGGGCUGUAUUUGUUGUCUAGUAUUGAUGUUUGCUGUUGCUUCUUGAACUCUCUUGCACUUCGCCUUUUCUCAUGGAAUAUGCAAUGGUAUUUGCUUGUCUUUAUCUGCUUUUCAUUCGGGGAAUAUACAUUCUCUUAUGUG